AUGCGUCUUGAGGCUUCUCCCGGAAGUCGCUUCCUAGGUUGAGCGUGAAGUCGGUUCCUGGCUUCUGAGUGUGAACCCGCAGAGAUGAACCCUUUAACUAAAGUUAAGCUGAUCAACGAGCUGAAUGAGCGUGAGGUCCAGCUGGGGGUAGCGGAGAAGGUGUCUUGGCACUCCGAGUACAAGGACAGCGCCUGGAUCUUCUUGGGAGGGCUUCCUUAUGAGCUGACUGAAGGGGACAUCAUCUGUGUGUUCUCACAAUAUGGCGAAAUUGUUAACAUUAACCUGGUACGGGACAAGAAGACUGGGAAAUCCAAAGGAUUCUGUUUCCUCUGCUAUGAAGACCAGAGGAGCACAAUUCUGGCUGUUGACAAUUUUAAUGGGAUCAAGAUCAAAGGAAGAACUAUCCGAGUGGAUCAUGUGUCUAACUAUCGGGCUCCUAAGAACUCAGAAGAAAUGGAUGAUGUGACCAAAGAGCUGCAGGAGAGGGGCUGUGGGGCUCACACUCCCUCACUGAGUUCAUCUGAGGGCUCUGAAGAUGGCAAACCCACCAGAAAACACAAAAAAGACAGAAAGGAAAAAAAGAAAAGAAAGAAAGACAAAGAGAAGACUGACCAGGAGGUACAGGCAGAGCAGCCAGCCUCCUCUUCAUCACCCAGAAGCAAGAUGAUAAAGGAAAAGGAUGACCCUGGCUCUAAAAAGCACAGUGGCAAGAACUCAGAGAGGGGUCAGAAGUCAGAGUCCAGGGAGGUGCGGAAGCCCCACCCCAGCUCCCCUGAGAUCAGGACGACCUGCCGUGGUGGAACAGAGGACCGAGAGAGGGAGCCGAGGAAGGAGAAGCCCAAGCACGAACACAAGUCAUCAAGCAGGAAGGAAGAGAGAGAAGACAAGAACAGAGAUAGAGACAGAGGUCGAAGCUCAGAGGCACAUUGCAGCUGGCACAGUGGGCGCUCUGAGGGGCAUAGUCACAGAAGUAGAAGUAGGAGUCAAGAUAAAUCCCACAGGCAUAAAAGGGCCCGGCACUCCCGGGACCGGGAGUCCUCUAAUCCUAGUGACCACAGGCAUCACUGAAGCCACAGCCUGUUCAGCUGCAUGGUAGAAUUGGAAAUGAAUUGUGUUUUUAAAAUGCAGUGAAAUUCAGUUAUGCUUUUACUAUUUCUAUAUGUAAAAUAUCUGAGGAUGCGUUCUUUUAAUCCCUUGAGUGUUAGAA